UUUUCCUUUUUCUUUUCUUUUCUACCACGCGCCCAUUCCCCCAACCGUUUCAAACCCAUUUUCCCACCACCACCUGGUCCACCUCCACUUCUCUCUCUCUCUUUCUCUCUCUCACGAACCCCAAAACCAGAACUCCAAGAUCUCUGUAAUUCUUCUUCCAUUGAUUUCUCCCAAGAAAUGCAUCCAAGAAACCUCCUCGUUUUCUUGCUUCUUCUCUUCCUCUUCUUCCCAAACCCAAAUCUGGCUUCGCCGGAAAACCUGAGCUUCGACUUCCCCGUCUUCACUCUCCGGAACCUCACCCUCCUCGGCGACGCCUACCUCCGCGACGGCGUCGUAGGCCUCACCCGCGAGCUCCCCGUCCCCUUCUCCAGCUCCGGCACCGCCAUCUACAACCGCCCCGUCCCCUUCUUCGACCCGGACUCCAACUCUACCGCUUCCUUCUCCACAACUUUCUCUUUCUCCAUCACCAACCUCAACCCGGCGUCGUCGGGCGACGGCCUCACUUUCUUCCUCUCGCCGGACAACCAGACCCUCGGCAGCCCCGGCGGCUUCCUCGGCCUCGUCAACUCCUCCCAGCUCACAAAGAAAAAAUUCGUCGCCGUUGAAUUCGACACCCGGGUCGAUUCCCACUUCGACGACCCCAACGGCAAUCACGUCGGGUUGGACGUCGACAGCCUGAUUUCGAUCAAGACCAGCGAUCCGAUUUCCGACGGCAUUGAUCUGAAGAGCGGGAAUACAAUCACAUCUUGGAUCGAUUACAACAGCGAUCGGCGUGAACUCAACGUGUUCUUGAGUUACACUAGUUUCAGGCCAGAAUUUCCUGUUUUAACGGUUCGUAUCGAUCUCUCUGAUUAUCUCAAGGAGAAUCUGUAUGUUGGUUUUUCGGCGUCCACAGAGGGAAGCACCGAGUUGCAUCUGAUUGAGAAUUGGAAGUUUCAGACUUCCGGAUUUCGCCCGAUUCGGCCUAAGAGUCAUCCUGCUCACAAUGUUUCGGAUAGUUCCGUGAUUAGGCCGCCAAUUCCGGUGGCUGAAUCAUCCAAUAGGCAUCGCAUGAGGCUCGGUCUGGGGCUUGGAAUCGCCGGUCCGGCCUUCUUCUGUGCGUUUCUCGUUGUUUUUGGGUGGAUUUCGAUUCGUAGAUGGAGGGGAAUCAGAAUGGAAAUGGGCCUAAAAUCAGAGCUCGUCACCGGGCCAAGACAGUUCAGCUACAGACAGCUGAAAUUGGCCACAAAGGGGUUCCAUUCCAGCAGGGUUCUAGGCCAUGGGGCUUUUGGUACUGUUUACAAGGCCCACUUCCCGGCCUCCGACACCGUUGCUGCAGUGAAGAGAUCAAAACACUCCCACGAAGGUAAAACCGAAUUCCUCGCCGAACUGUCGAUUAUUGCUUGUUUGAGGCACAAGAACCUGGUCCAGCUCCAAGGCUGGUGCGUGGAGAAGGAUGAAUUGCUGCUCGUUUACGAGUUCAUGUCCAAUGGAUCUCUUGACGAGGUGCUUUACAAAGAAUCCAGUGACAAUCCACUGAAAUGGCUGCACCGAUACAAAAUUGCGGUGGGGUUGGCCUCUGUCUUGACCUAUCUGCACCAAGAAUGCGAGCAGCAAGUGAUUCACAGGGACGUAAAAACCAGCAACAUCUUGCUGGAUGCGAACUUCAAUGCCAGGCUUGGGGAUUUCGGGCUGGCAAGGCUGAUGGACCAUGACAAGAGCCCUGUUUCGACUCUGACUGCCGGGACCAUGGGCUACCUGGCCCCCGAGUAUCUCCAGUACGGGAAGGCGACUGAGAAGACCGACGUGUUCAGCUACGGCGUGGUGGUGCUGGAAGUGGCCUGCGGGAAGAGGCCUAUCGAGAAGGAGCCCGGCAGCCAGAAGAUGGCGAAUUUGGUGGAUUGGGUGUGGAAAUUGCAUUCCCAAGGGAAGUUGAUUGAGGCGGCUGAUGUGCGGCUGAAGGGGGAGUUUGAAGAGGAGGAGAUGAAGAGGCUGCUGCUUGUGGGGCUGAGCUGCGCCAACCCCGACAGCGAGGCGAGGCCAUCGAUGAGGCGGGUUUUGCAGAUCCUCAGCAACGAGGCAGAGCCCAUCUGCGUGCCCCGGGUCAAGCCAAGCCUCACUUUCUCCUGCGCCUUGCCAUUGCGCCUGGAGGACAUUGUGGAAGAUGAUGGUGAAGAGGAGAGCAACAAGACAAUAGAAGGCGGCAUUAAUGUUGAGAUCAAAGUUGAGUGAAGUUUUGUUUUUGAAUUCUUUUGUUGUCUACUUCUUCUAUGGUGGUGUUAAAAGACAAUAAGUUCAGUGGCCUGAGUUCAAAGCCAUUCCAUUGAACUGCUUGGUCUUCCACUGCAAUUCUAGCUAUAUAUAUAGACAUCACUUCCACUGCAAUGCAGUAACUUGAAUCCGCAUCACAUGAACUUAGUGGUUCAUAUUAAAACCUUUCU